CAGCCAUGAAUUUGAGUUCGUUAGCAAACAGUUUGGACACCCUCGGAUAUUACGGUCAGGUUAUCAGCACAGAAGAAACCAUGGUACUAACCAACACACUGCUUUUCUUACAAAAUGAAAAUCACUUCCACAACGUCUUUUUUUGGGGACGAAUCUUCGGCGCGGAAAAGGAUUAUUUCGUCGCUUUUGGUUAUGUUAAAAACGCCUUGGAGGGUAAAAUUUAUUAUUAUAGCACUAACUGCAUGGACUGGGGUCUACUACCUACGCCCACCGAGGAGGCAAUAUCCCUACUGCCGCUAUGUACGACAAGGUUUCAGGGGAACCCUGCACUACUUAUUGAAAUUCUAAUCGAUAAGGACGAUGAUGUAUUGAGUACGAAAUCCAAUAAACCUACAGUGCGUAAGCUUAAAGAGGAAGAUCGUCUAUCGGCCACGGUCCACGCCAUCACUAAUGAGGCAAUGAUUGUGCCACGUGGCGCCCUAUUUAAGCGACCAGAUGCUGUCGUUGUGGAAAAUCAAAAUUUUGAGGGGCUGUCUCAAUUAGACUCUCAGGAGUUGGCGUGUUAUUUACAUUACCGUUCGCCUCAAAGAAAAUGGAACACAAAUUUGUUGGCCAGAAUCGAUUAUAAUUACGCCCUAGAUUUUUUGGAUACUAUAGAUGUUGAUAUACCUGAAGGUUGUUGGAUUCUUCACGUUUGUGCUGCCGGCGCCGUAGUUAUUAUAAAUUCGCUAUACUGGCCGGGAAUGGUAUUCUACCACACUGUUCGCACUCCUAACUACGGAAGCGUGUAUUUUGGAGAUGGUAAAAGGAGUUUAGACUUGCCAUUUAUGUUAAAUCCCGUGUAAUUUUUACUGCGUUCGUUAUUAUUAUUACAUUGUUUAGACAUCUCUGACUAU